GCCCGGAUUGAAGAGCUGGAGGAAGAACUUGAAGCCGAACGGUCUAUACGAGCAAAGAUUGAGCAAAACCGCAAGCGGGAAGCCGAACUGCUGAAGCUGCGCCGUGAGUUGGAGGAGGCCGCCUUGCAGAGCGAGGCCACGGCUUCCACCCUGCGCAAGAAGCACACAGACACCAUGGCGGAAAUGACGGAGCACCUUGAGAGCCUGCAGAGGGUGAAGUCCAAGCUGGAGAAAGACAAGCAGGUCAUGAAGGCGGAGAUCGAAGACCUCAGCGCCAGCAUGGAGACGGUCCAGAAAUCCAAGAUGAAUGCCGAGGCUCACGUCAGCAAACUGGAAGACAACCUGGCCGAAGCCAACGCCAGGCUGGCUGAGAUGGAGAAGAACCAAGCCGAAAUCAAUGCUAUUCGGACCCGGCUCCAAGCCGAGAACAGCGAGCUGAGCCGGGAACAUGAAGAAUCCCAGACCAGACUGAACCAGAUAAUCCGGGUCAAGACGACCCUCACCUCUCAGGUGGACGACUUCAAGAGGCAGCUGGACGAAGAGUCGAAGGCCCGAAGCACGGCCAUGGUGAGCCUGGCCAACACCAGACACGAUCUGGACCUGAUGAAAGAGCAGCUGGAGGAGGAACAGGGGGGCAAAGCCGAGCUGCAGCGCCUGGUCUCCAAGCUCAACACCGAAGUCACCACCUGGAGAACCAAAUACGAGACUGACGCCAUUCAGAGGACGGAGGAGCUGGAAGAGACCAAGAGGAAGUUGGCUUCCCGUCUCCAGGAGGCAGAGGAGACGGCUGAGGCGGCGCAAGCCCGGGCUGCCAGCAUGGAGAAAACCAAACAGAGGCUUCAGAUGGAAGUGGAAGACCUCACCUUAGAUCUUGAGAAGGCCAACGCCGCCUGCGCGGUCCUCGACAAGAAGCAGCGGGCCUUCGACAAGAUGCUGGCGGAGUGGCAGCAGAAGUGCGAGGAGGUGCAGGUGGAGCUGGACAACUCCCAGAAGGAGUGCCGCAUGUACAUGACGGAGAACUUCAAGCUCAAGACUGCCUACGAGGAAGCCCUGGAGCACCUGGAGUCCGUCAAGAAAGAGAACAAGACCCUCCAGGAGGAGAUCAAGGAUCUGAUCGACCAGCUGGGCGAGGGAGGGAGAAGCGUGCACGAGUUGCAGAAGAUGAAGAAGAAACUGGAGGUCGAGAAGGAUGAGCUGCAGAUGGCUCUGGAGGAGGCCGAGUCUUCCCUGGAGGUGGAAGAGAGCAAACUCAUCCGCAUCCAGCUGGAGUUGGCCCAGGUCAAAGCAGACAUCGACAGGAGGAUACACGAGAAGGAAGAAGAGUUUGAAGCUACAAGGAAGAACCACCAGCGCGCCAUCGAGUCCCUGCAGUCCAGCCUGGAGAUGGAGGCGAAAGGACGUGCCGAGGCCCUCCGCUUGAAGAAGAAGAUGGAGACGGACCUGAACGAGAUGGAGAUCCAGCUGGACCACGCCAACAAGAACAACAGCGAGCUGGUCAAGACGCUGAAGAAGCUGCAGCAGCAGAUUAAGGACGUUCAGACGCAGAUGGACGAGGACGCCCGUCAGCACGAGGAGCUCCGCGAGCAGUACAACCUCCAGGAGCGCCGGCUCAGCCUCCUGCAGACCGAGCUGGAGGAAGUCCGCACCGGCUUGGAGGGCAGCGAGCGCUCGCGCAAGCUCAUCGAGCAGGAGCUGGUGGACGUCACCGAGAGGCAAAACGAGCUUAGCAUUCAGAACCAAACCCUGCUGGUGAUCAAGCGCAAGCUGGAGUCCGACCUCCAGCGCAUCACCAACGAACACGAGGAGAUCAUCAGUGAGUUCCGAGCAGCGGACGAGAGAGCAAAGAAAGCCGUGACUGACGCGACGCGGAUGGCAGAGGAACUGCGCCAGGAACAGGAUCACUCCAUGCACCUGGAGAAGAUUAAGAAGAACUACGAGGUCACCAUAAAGGAUCUGCAAGUCAAGAUCGAGGAAGCGGAGCAACAGGCCCUGAAAGGAGGGAAACGCACCAUCAUGAAGCUGGAAACCAAAAUUAAGGAACUGGAGACUGAGCUGGACUCCGAGCAGAAGCGGCACGUGGAGACGGUGAAAGUCCUGCACAAGAACGAGCGGCGCCUGAAGGAGCUGGUCUUCCAGACCGAGGAGGACCACAAGACCAACCAGCGCAUGCAAGAGCUAGUAGAGAAGCUGCAGAACAAGCUGAAGACGUACAAGAGGCAGAUCGACGAGGCCGAGGAGCAGGCUAACCAGAGCAUGGCGAGGUACCGCAAAACCGUGCACGAGCUGGAUGAUGCCGAGGAGAGGGCCGGAAUGGCCGAGUCGGCGCUGAACAAAAUGCGCACCAGGCACCGGGUGUCAGCCGGCAAAGCGUUCACCUCGGUGGAAAUCAUCCAGGUCUCCAAGUCUUCCGCUUCCAAGUCGGCAGCGGAGGAAUAGAGCCUGCCCUGGAACCCGCUGCCGGGGGAUAGACAAAGCCUCCGCCGGCACGCGGCCCCUUUGCAAGAUAGCCACCGUAGUGAUGACCGGAGCAGCCCAAGC